AUGGCUUCCAAAGUGAGCUCCCCUCCAACAAUAAUCUUCCUCUCCAGCUGCUCCUGCUGUACCUCCCCGUGCUUUGUUGCGCCGCCAAGCUAACCUUCGCCAUGUCUCAGUUCCUGCGGGAAUACAAGCUCGUUGUCGUCGGCGGUGGUGGUGUCGGAAAGAGUUGUUUGACCAUCCAGCUCAUCCAAUCUCACUUCGUAGAUGAGUAUGAUCCUACCAUCGAAGGUCAGCCAUCCCGAUCCCUACGCUCCCGAGCGCAAUCAUCGCCUCCCAAACAAAGGAAUGCCAGACUGACGCGCUCUUUGCAGACUCGUACCGCAAGCAAUGCGUCAUCGACGACGAGGUCGCAUUACUAGAUGUCCUCGAUACCGCCGGCCAAGAAGAGUACUCGGCGAUGCGCGAGCAAUACAUGCGAACCGGUGAAGGCUUCCUCCUCGUCUACAGCAUCACCUCACGACAGAGCUUCGAAGAGAUCGUCACAUUCCAACAGCAAAUAUUGCGAGUCAAGGAUAAGGACUACUUCCCCAUCAUCGUCGUCGGCAACAAGUGCGAUUUGGAGAGCGAGCGACAAGUGAGCACAGAAGGUGGGUCGAUACUACACGCGCAUAAAUGUUCCGCGAGGAGAAGGCGUACUGUACUUCCACGUGGUGGCCACGCGUGAAGUCGGACAUGCUCGCUUCAGAGUCGCAUCCGCGUCGUACGGGCAUGGAACGGAGACAAUGGCUAACGUGAACAUUGCAGAGGGCAAGCAGCUCGCGCGGUCAUUCGGAUGCAAAUUCAUCGAGACUUCCGCCAAGUCGCGCAUCAACGUCGACAACGCCUUCUACGAUAUCGUACGUGAGAUCCGAAAAUACAACAAGGACAUGUCGGGGUACCCUGGCGGCGGUGGAAGCGGCAGCAAGCCAAAGGACGAGAUGGGAUUCCAAGAUCAGGAGCAAGAUGCAGGCUGCUGCGGGAAAUGCAACGUAAUGUAG